UCCAAUGCAACAGCUGCUGACGUUGUUCAAGUGGUGCGCGAUGUAUUUAUAAUUUACAUAAUUUAUGAUUCCUGUUUGCAGAACGAUAAUAUUCGCACACAUUCCUCUUCGAUUUGAUCUGCACAGGAAAUCCUCAAGUGCAUUUAUCAUCUAAUUCCAGUGAAAACUGCGGGCUGUGAACAUGACAUUCAAUCUACGACAAGUGUAUGCUUUCGCACGGGAGUAUCACAGGAAAAGCGAUAGCCAGAAGGAUGUCCAGUACGGAACGGCAGGAUUCCGAUCGCACGCCGAUAACCUCGACUAUGUGAUGUAUCGGAUGGGACUGCUAGCGACUUUACGGUCCCGUGCCAAGGAAGGUCUGGUGAUCGGAGUGAUGAUAACAGCUUCGCACAACCCCGAACAGGACAAUGGAGUAAAGCUAAUUGACCCGCGCGGUGAAAUGUUGGAACAACGAUGGGAAAAGCUAGCCACCGCUCUGGUCAACGUAAGCGACGCGGAUUUGGAAUCCCAGGUCGCCAAACUUUGCUCCGACGAGGGAAUCGACAACAACAAUCCGGCAAAGGUUUACGUCGGCAUGGACACUCGGUAUCAUAGCCCGCAGUUAGCUAAAGCCGUGCUGAAUGGAAUCGCUGCUAUGAAGGGUAGUGUGAGGGAUUUCGGUAUUGUAACGACUCCGAUGCUCCACUACUUCGUCAUGUGUUCCAAUACGAACAUGGCGUACGGAUUGCCGACCGAGGAAGGGUACAUGACGAAACUAAUUACUGCCUUUAAGAACAUUAGAGGAUCCACAUUCGAAAAAGACAACUAUUCAAAUAAGGUUUACUACGAUGGAGCCAAUGGUGUCGGUUCUUUAAAGAUGUUAGGUUUCAUAAAGAAGUUAGACGGUUAUCUGGACGUUAAAGUGUUCAACAGCAAUGGGAAAAUUAACUUUAAGUGCGGAGCCGAUUUUGUAAAGACUAAUCAGAGAGCUCCAGAGGGAAUACCACAAUUGGAGCCAAAUGCACGAUGUGUUUCUGUAGAUGGCGAUGCUGACCGUAUCGUUUACUAUUUCACGGAUGAGUCAGGAGUGUUUCACCUACUAGACGGAGACCGAAUUGCGACGUUAAUAGCAGGAUAUCUGAAAGAUUUAGUUAGCAAAUGCGGCGUGCAGCUAAAAAUGGGUCUAGUUCAAACGGCUUACGCAAAUGGAGCAUCCACGGACUAUAUCGUAAAUCAACUGGAUAUUCCUGUUGCAUGUGUUCCCACUGGCGUAAAACAUUUACACCACAAAGCAUUAGAUUAUGACAUCGGGGUAUAUUUUGAAGCUAAUGGACAUGGCACGAUCAUAUACAGUGCCAACGCAAAAACGGAAAUCAGUGCAAUCAGUAAAGACCAGUCUCUUACGCAAGAACAACGAAAUGCUGCCUGUUUACUGCUUCAAACGAUAGAUCUCACCAACGAAACCGUUGGCGACGCUAUUUCCGAUAUGCUGCUGGUAGAAACGGUGCUUCAUUUCAAAGGAUGGGCACUUAAAGAUUGGCUUGCAGCCUAUACCGAUCUACCAAACGUGCUGAUGAAGAUCAAAGUUGAGGAUAGGAAUGUGAUCACUACCACCGAUGCGGAGCGAAUCUGUGUCACGCCCGAAGGGUUGCAGGGUGCAAUCGAUGAAAUUGUGGCAAAGUACAGCAAAGGCAGAUCGUUUGUGCGUCCGUCUGGCACGGAGGAUGUUGUACGAGUGUAUGCCGAAGCUGAUACCAAGGAAAAUACCAUGCAGCUGGCACUUGAGGUGGCUAAUGUGGUGUAUGAGAAAGCAGGUGGUGUCGGAGCUCGACCUGAGCUGCCAAGGAUUUGAAUAUGCAUCAUUGUUUCCCGGCUGUGAACUGGAAUGUGCUACCGAUACUGCCAUUGUUUUACACAGGAUGUAGGAAGUUUUUCAACGACCGAACGGAUUUCGAUAUUGAGAUUAUAAAAUAUUAAAAAUGAAAACCUUUUAUUUACCAUUUUAUCUAUAUCAAUAAAGUUUGUUAACGGAAUUAGUUUAA